AUGUCCGAGUCAGCGAGCGCAAAUGCCCCGAAGCCAAGCAGCAGUGUCAAGCUGGUGCUGCUGGGAGAGGCCGCAGUAGGAAAGUCAUCGCUUGUACUUCGCUUCGUCAACAAUGAUUUCCAGGAGAAUAAGGAACCAACCAUUGGCGCCGCAUUUCUCACACAAAAAUGCUCACUCCCUACGCGCACGAUCAAGUUCGAAAUCUGGGACACCGCUGGCCAGGAACGCUUCGCCUCGCUUGCCCCGAUGUACUACCGCAACGCGCAAGCCGCGCUAGUCGUUUACGACGUCACGAAACCCUCGUCGCUGACAAAGGCAAAGCAUUGGGUCGCCGAGCUGCAACGCCAGGCGAGCCCCGGAAUUGUCAUCGCCCUCGUCGGUAACAAGCUGGACUUGACCAAUGAUGGUGGCGAGGCUUCCGAGGUGGCUGCCGUGGCAAACGGUGGGACCGAUACAGCUGCGCAGGACGAGGAAGGCGCUGUCGAAGCAGACGAGGCGCAGGAUGUCGUUUCCGGCGACGCCCGCAAAGUUUCCACACGGGAGGCUACCGGCUAUGCAGAGGAAGAGGGUCUCUUGUUCUUCGAGACCAGUGCCAAGACCGGAACCAAUGUCGUCGACGUCUUCACCGCAAUCGCUAAUGCCAUCCCAGAAAGCAGUCUGAAGACUGGUCGCGGUACUGGUGCUGGAACUGGACAAUCUUCGCUUGGUGCCCGGUCGACCGAGGAUUCGAGGGUCAACCUGGGUGAUCGCAAUGCUGCGACGGCCAAGGAGGGCUGCGCUUGCUGA